CAUGCGUCGCGUUUAUAAUUACGUCAUCAGUCGUCACUUCAGCGAGGAAGGUUCUGCAGAAAAACAAUUCUCCCAAUACCUCCAGUCAAUACCCCUGAAAUUCAGUAUGUCUGAUGCUGACUUAAUUUCCGUCGAUUAUGAAGUAUUUGGAAAAGUGCAAGGUGUCUUUUUCCGGAAAUACACACAGGCUGAGGGGAAGAAGCUUGGCCUUGUAGGUUGGGUCCAAAACACAGGCGCAGGAACUGUGCAAGGUCAGCUCCAGGGUCAACGUAAGAAGGUGAAAGAAAUGCAAGAAUGGCUUAAGUCAACUGGGAGCCCCAAGUCACACAUAAUCAAGGCAGAGUUCAGGAACGAGAAAGCGGUUUCCAGCCUAGAACACUCAGCUUUUAACAUUGUGAAAUAAGAAAAUGUAUGCACGCUAUUAACCUACACCCACAUAUUUAUUUUGUCUGUCUGUCUUAUUAUAUAUUGAAAAGUAUUAACUGUGACAUACAGAAAAGUAGACAUGUAAAAUACUCCUGAACAUCUAUAAAAUCUGGAAAGGUUUUAAUAAACAGGAAAGCACAGGAAUGGAUUUCAAACUAC